AGGUUUCUUCCCUUUUUUCCCCCUGAAGGGUUAUUUGGGAGUUUUUCCUGGUCCGAUGUGAGGUUUUGGGGCAGGGAUGUCUAUGUGUACAGAUUGUAAAGCACUCCGAGACAAAUUUGUAAUUUGUGAAAUUGGGCUAUACAAAUAAACUGAAUUGAAUUGAAUUGAAUAUAUAUAUAUAUACAAACAUCUAUUAUAUUCUUAUUAGAAGGGUUUGUGGGCACUGACUUCGUCAGAGCAGAGGACCCCCGCCCCGUUGUCACCCUUUUCACCCCUCAUGAGUUUGCAGGUAUGGAAACUAAUAUAUGACAAAGUAACUGAAAUUAAACACUAACAAUACUUUUAUAUAUCAUUGCAUUCUGUAUUGCUUGCUUUUAACAUUGAUUCACACAAUUUAAAUAUUCCAACUCAUUCCUAUUCAUUCUUUCACAUAAAGAUGAACACAAGUCUAGAUUACACUACUUAUGUGCAGGCCAAUUAUAAGCAGUGUUUUCUGAUCACAUCUUGUUGUUGCUAAUAGUAUCACUGAAACCUGCGACACAACAUGUUAUAAAAUUUUAGUUCACAUGGUUCCAGUUAAUGGUGAAUACAGGAGAUCUCAAACACACGGCACUGCUUCACCCAGCAGCUGGAGAUGUUUAUUGGUCUCUUGGUUCUGCAGCACAGCAAUAAACACAAACACAUCUAAUAAUAUUCACAAGGCAUUUCAUACAAAACAGAGGUCUUCGUGCUACAUUUUAUAAUGUCUGUUAAAUAACAAACUAUUUUCCCACAGUUUGAAUUUGUGAACAAUCCAUGUGUCACCACUUCGGCUGCACUGACGAAUGACAUCACGGUAAAAGUAUUUGUUGGCAGUGUCGGCCUGCUUGCUUGAACAGGGCGGAUGUUGUGGACCAUGAUUUAGUGGGCUGCACAUUUCUCUGCAGCUCUUCUCUUAAACAAUGCUAUCUCACUCGAUUUCUAGAAAGUCAUGUUUGUGAUAUCUCGUACAGAAAAAGGACUCAGACCGAGCUGAAUAAUGCCCGUGGGUCACAGCUUCUCCACGGUGACCAUCAUGCUCCAGAUGUUGGUGAUGUUGUGUUUGCUCUCACUCGUCCUCUCCCAAACUCCACAUUCCUGGUCCAAGAGAGGACCCAACAUCACCAUCCACGCCUCUCAGCUGGUCUGUAGCCUGCCAGGCCCAACGGGGCCUGGUGGAAACCCUGGAGCCCCAGGAUCACCAGGGCCCAUGGGCCCCAUGGGGUCCCCAGGGACGGAUGGCCCGGAUGGGACGGAUGGAGAGAGGGGAGAAAAAGGACAUCACGGUGAUCCAGGGAGGACAGGGAACCCAGGUAAGCCAGGGGUGAAAGGGCACGUAGGUGUCAUCGGCAAGGCUGGACCUCGAGGACUGAGGGGACUACGAGGAAAUCCAGGGGUGGCCGGCAAACGAGGACCUAAAGGAGAACUCGGGGACGGUGGCCAUCAAGGAGCUCCAGGGGGAUGCAAUUGUGGCAGUACGGCCCGAUCAGCCUUCUCUGUGGCGAUGACCAAGAGCUACCCUAAAGAGCGACUUCCCAUCCGCUUCAGCCGGAUUCUGCUGAAUGAGGGGGAUCACUACAACGCCAGCAGUGGGAAGUUCGUCUGCGCUGUCCCCGGGGUCUACUAUUUCAAAUAUGAUAUCACUCUGGCAAACAAACACCUGGCCAUCGGGCUGGUCCACAAUGGACAGUACAAAAUCAAGACAUUUGAUGGGAACACAGGGAACCAUGAUGUGGCCUCUGGUUCUACUGUUCUCCACCUGCAGCAGUCAGACCAGGUCUGGCUGCAGAUCUUCUACUCUGAGCAGAACGGACUCUUCUUUGACCCUUUCUGGACAGACAGCACCUUCACUGGCUUUCUUAUCUAUGCUGACCAAGGCUAUCUCAAUGAGGCUGAUAGAAAAGCUAAUGCUCAGGAGGAUGGUUAAUUGGGAGAAAAUCUUAUUUUAUUUAAAUAUUGGUGGAUUUCAUAUUUAAAGGUUUUGAAAACCAACAUCUGACACCAGGGGGCACACAAGGAAAGGAAAGUAAACCAUAGUUGGGGAACACUUGUUUAAUAACAUUCAAAAGCCCUUUGUUUUAUCUGCAUUAUCAUUCAUUUUCUGACAAAAUAUGUUUGGGAUAUAAUGUAAUCAUAAUAAUUAUCAUCAUCAAUCCGCUGUUUUUUUAUUUAUCUUAAAUGAGCUCCAAGGUUGGUCAUUAAUAUACGAGUGAAACCCUCAUACAUCAUUCUGCAAAGUUAAAGUCAAACCAACAAUAUGCAAAACACAUUUGAGUGAAGGGGAUCAUAAAAUGAUUCUGAGAUGGAUCAAAUAUUUUUAAUUUCAUUUGAUAAUAAUGCUGAUUUCGAAUCAUUGUAUGGCAUAGAUAAAAAGUAAUUGAAAUAAUACAUUUAAUAAAUUGAAUAAUAUGUUU